AUGCACACUUUGUUCCUGGGUACUUGUCGUGAUCUACAUGCAUCAACUCUGGGAUACUGGCUUCGAACUGGAUUAUUGGGAGUUGAAGGAGACUGGAACCAACAGUUGCGACAGAUUUCGUUUAUGCUGAAACAAGAUUGUCGUAGAGCUGGGAUACGGGUCACUUUCAAAACCUUCACCAUGUCGAAUACAGGGUUAGAUACGCAGAGCCAGUUUCCGGAAUUGGGGUCAGCAUUCAAAGCGGCUUUCAUCAAGAGCUCAUGUUGGUGGUUCGCCCAGAAGGCAACAGAAAUUGCCAACUCCCGUCCUGAUGAGUCCUAG